GCGCUACCUUGUAAAAUUCAUGCAAUCAUGCUCCUAUGUCGGUGACUCUUUCGUGUGUGUUGGUGUUGCGUUAAUAAAAAAGUGUAAAUACUUAAGAAAAUUUAAGAGUUGACAAAGCAAAAAAGUCACUACGGGCCGUGCGUUAACGUUAACCGAACAAUGCAAAAUCAAAUAUGUUUUCCACUGCAUACCGGAAAAUAAACAAAUACAAGAAGCAUAAAGUAUGCAGAAAAUUAAAUACAAAAGAAGCAUUUAAGUGUUGCGUGUGAGCGAAAGUAAAAGAAUACAGCUAGAAAAAUAACCGUUCUCUGCUCGUCGUCAUACAAAAGUUUUUGUUUAAAUAAUCAAAUUUAACAAAUCUUCGUUGCAUUUAAAUAAAAAUAAAACUGGUCUCAAAAAUUAAACUAAUCAAAAGCCGCAGACAGUGAAACAAAACGAAGCUUGACCAGCAAAUGCAACAUUUAAUAAUCAAUUAAAAUAAUUACAUAUAUAUAAAUAUAUAUAUAUGCAAACAUGCAGAUAUAACCAACUACACACGUUCCUUAAAACUAAUGUUUUCCAAACGCAACUAAAUCAAACGAUAACGAUUCAAGAAGCAGAAAACCGACACGUCGUGAAGCAACGGAAACAUCACCUCAUAAAGCAUAACCACAUAGGAAUAUUACAUACACACAAACUACUUCACGCAUAAGCUAUAUACACAUACACACACAUAUAUAUAUUCAUAUAUAUAUAUGUAUAUAUGUAUCCAAAAACGACACCGAUUUAAAUAAGCUGCAGGGAAACACUACGACAACAAAAAAAGCCAGAAAAGCAAAAAUCGUUUGUUUUUUUAUUUUAAUUAUUAUUUAGUGCUAGUACAUAAAACGACCACAGAUUUAUUUGAUUAACAAGAAGAAGAUCAAGCAAGGCAGAACGUUUGGAUUUAUCUCGUCAUAAAGUGCAUCGUCGUCGUCGUCGUCAUCGUCUACAAAUUGCAAUUAGGUUUUUAUUCAUAAAUGUCUCACAGCAACACACAGCCGAUAGCUUAAUGCGUGUUUAUGAACAGCCGGAACACAACGCCAAUCAGUUGAAGUCGUCGUGCUCGAUGUGGUCAUCGUAUUUGUACUCGUCAUUGUCAGAGAGAUGCGCCAAAGUCUGUUUAGGAGGAAGAUAGUCAACUGAGUACUGAGUACUAUAAACGGAACAGAAUAAACCCCCGCACAACACACAACACACACACAGACACACACACUCACACACACAAGCGCACACAGCACACGCAAACAAGAGAAUCCUUUGAAGGAAACAAGCCAUAGCCAAAGAGAGCCUGAGUGUCGUAGAGAACAGCGAGCAACGCCAAAGUACAAAUGCUCCCGAGCAACUGAGUAAAUCGAAAUUAAAAAAAAAAAAAAAACAAAAGCAUUCAACAAUUUAUGUAGCACAAACUUAGAGAGCAAGAAAACACUAAACGGGAUUCGGUUAAAACAAAACAACCUGAUAAACAGCAACACCAAAAACAAUUAAUUAACUUGAAGCAAGUAGAGGAGGGGCAAAAACUACUUUAGUAUAGAAAACAGGAUAAGCCCUAAAAUCCAACUGAAAGAUUUACGCACGUCACGGAGCGUGGUAAAGGCUCGGCAGAACGCGUAAGCGUCCUUUAAUCCAGUUAGCAUGGAGUGCUGUUUAUCGGAAGAGGCCAAGGAACAAAAGCGGAUCAAUCAGGAAAUCGAGAAACAGCUGCGGCGCGACAAGCGAGAUGCACGCCGUGAACUUAAACUGCUCCUGCUGGGCACGGGCGAGUCCGGCAAAUCAACGUUCAUCAAACAGAUGCGUAUUAUCCAUGGCAGCGGGUACUCGGACGAUGACAAACGCGGCUACAUUAAGCUGGUGUUCCAAAAUAUAUUCAUGGCCAUGCAGUCCAUGAUCAAAGCCAUGGAUAUGCUCAAAAUAUCAUAUGGUGUUGGCGAGCAUAAUGCACUCGCCGAUCUGGUGAUGAGCAUUGACUAUGAAACAGUCACAACAUUUGAGGAUCCAUAUUUGAAUGCCAUAAAAACGCUGUGGUCCGAUGUUGGCAUACAGGAAUGCUACGAUCGUCGAAGAGAAUAUCAGUUGACAGAUUCCGCUAAAUAUUAUCUGAUGGAUCUCGAUCGUGUGGCUCAACCUGAUUAUUUACCCACUGAGCAAGACAUUUUAAGAGUUCGUGUGCCGACAACGGGGAUCAUUGAGUAUCCCUUUGACUUAGAAGAGAUCAGAUUUAGAAUGGUGGAUGUUGGCGGUCAGCGUUCGGAGCGAAGAAAGUGGAUUCAUUGCUUUGAGAAUGUUACCUCAAUAAUAUUUUUGGUAGCGCUAUCUGAAUACGAUCAGAUCUUGUUUGAAUCUGAUAAUGAGAAUCGCAUGGAGGAAUCAAAAGCUUUAUUUAGAACUAUUAUUACAUACCCGUGGUUCCAAAAUUCAUCAGUUAUUCUAUUCCUUAACAAGAAAGAUUUGUUAGAGGAGAAAAUCAUGUAUUCGCAUUUGGUGGACUAUUUUCCUGAAUACGAUGGUCCACAGCGAGAUGCAAUAGCAGCCCGUGAAUUCAUACUGCGCAUGUUUGUAGACUUAAAUCCAGAUUCCGAAAAGAUUAUCUAUUCUCAUUUCACCUGUGCUACAGAUACCAGAAACUGCAACCUCGUGUUCGCCGCUGUGAAAGAUACGAUCUUGCGAUUACUACUAAAAGUUAUAGAAUAAACGACUCACACACUACCCCCAAUUAUAAUGGAAUAUCGAUUGAGAAGCCAACCUCUAUAUACAUAUAUGAAAACCUAUAUAAAUUAAUUUCAUGCCUUACAUUUUGUAUGCUUUUAUUUGAUUCUUAAUGACAAAAUAUAGAGUAAAAUGUAAUUGUUUA